AUGGUCGAUCAUCCGGAAUUGUUUUUGUUAGCGCCGCAACAACACCGACGGAGUGAUAAUACCACCACCGAGGCACGUGAAGUCGAGGAAAACGGCAAAUGGCGCGGCAUUCCAUAUAAUGACCCCGAUUUAACCCACCUCUUCAAGGCCUCGGGUUCCCAAAUCUUCUGGGCAUACAACUGGGACAGCAUUUCGAACGGCGCGGAGACCUUCUGGGAGUUCGUUCCGAUGCUCUGGAGUGACACUUCCGAUCACACUAGCCGUUGGUUCGACAACGUCGAUAAGGCUGUUAAAGCGGGUACAUGGCAUGUGUUGUCUUUUAACGAGCCGGAUGGUUGCGCCAACGGAGGAUCAUGUAUGCAAGACAUUGGGCGCGCUGUCUAUGCAUAUCGUCAGUAUAUCCAUCCUCUCUACGCGAAGUAUGACGGAAAUGUCCGGCUGAGCGCUCCGGCUGUUACCAAUGGCGCUCCUCCUAUGGGCCUUGACUACUUACGACGCUUCCUAUCUGCUUGCAAUGAUUGCCGCAUUGACUGGGUAGUCAUUCACUGGUAUGGAGCCGCGGACAAUUCCGGCGACUUCAAGAAACAUGCUCAGGAGGCCUACGAGGCCGGUGGUAAGCGUCCAAUCUGGAUCACUGAGUUCGGCGCCUAUGGCUCUGAGGACCAAAUUAUUGGCUUUUUGAACGAUGUCCUCCCAUGGCUGGACCACCCUGACCAGAAGUAUAUCUACCGAUAUGCGUACCAGUGGGCCGCUCCCGGUUCCCUUGUCAAUGGCGUUGGAGAUGGCCUGAGUGCAAUUGGACAGCUCUACGCUUUCCAUUGA